UUUUUCUACUAUAGGUUCCGUUUUAUGUUUAGCCUCUUUAGGCAUUAAACAGUGAAACCAUGGCGUUCACAAAUUAUAGCAGUUUGAACCGGGCACAGUUGACCUUCGAAUAUCUGCACACUAAUUCCACAACUCAUGAGUUCCUUUUUGGGGCUUUGGCCGAAUUAGUUGAUAAUGCAAGAGAUGCUGAUGCUACACGAAUUGAUAUUUACACAGAGCCAAGAAAAGAACUUAGAGGGGGGUUUAUGCUUUGUUUUCUUGAUGAUGGAACAGGCAUGGAUCCAAAUUUGCAAGGCUGCCACCUGGUCUUUUGUUCAUUCUCCAAGUUCUACCAGGUGGACUUCCCGGCCUUCUCUGAUCUUCAUGGCUCUAUGAGGAUUGGAAAAGAUUUCAUACUUUUUACAAAGAAGGCCGAUACAAUGACAUGUUUAUUUAUGUCACGCACGUUUCAUGAAGAAGAAGGAAUUGAUGAGGUUAUAGUUCCUCUUCCUACGUGGAAUUCCAAAACAUGUGAACCCUUGACCGAUAAUAUGGAGAAAUUUGCCAUUGAGACAGAGCUUAUUUACAAGUACUCUCCAUUUCACUCUCAGAAGGAAGUUAUGGAGCAAUUCAGGAAGAUAACUGGAGAGUCAGGUACUCUUGUUGUUAUUUUCAACUUGAAGCUAACAGACUCUGGAGAACCAGAACUUGAUGUAGUUUCUGACCCAAAAGACAUUCAGAUGGCUGGGACAACUCCAGAAGGAAUGAAACCUGAGCGGCGUUCAUUUCGGGCAUAUGCAGCUGUCCUUUAUAUUGAUCCAAGGAUGAGAAUCUUCAUUGAUUACCAAAAGGUUCAAACAAAACGGCUAUCUUGUUGCCUUUACAAGCCCAGAAUGUACAGGUAUACGUCAAAUCGAUUUAAAACGCGGGCUGAGCAAGAAGUGAAGAAAGCAGAACAUAUGGCCAAAAUUGCGGAGGAAAAGGCACGGGAAGCGGAGAGCAAAGCACGAGCCAUGGAGUCUCGACUUGGAGAGGACUUGUCUCGAGAAUCAAGGGCUUCUCUAAGACAAGUGCAGAAUGCUGCAAUUACAAUCCGUCGGGAGGCAGAUGUCAAGAAACGAAUUAAGGAAGCUAAGCAAAGGGCCCUAAAGGAGCCAAAGGAGCUGAACUUUAUAUUCGGUGUGAAUAUUGAGCAGCGAGAGCUGGAUGGCAUGUUUUUGUACAACUGCAGCCGAUUAAUUAAAAUGUAUGAGAAAGUUGGCCCUCAGCUGGAGAGUGGAAUGGCCUGUGGAGGAGUAGUGGGAGUAGUUGAUGUCCCCUAUCUUGUCCUGGAACCUACACACAACAAACAGGACUUUGCAGAUGCGAAGGAGUACAAACACCUUCUGAAAUCUAUGGGAGAGCACUUGGCACAAUACUGGAAAGAUAUUGCCAUAGCUCAGAAGGGAAUUUCAAAAUUCUGGGAUGAGUUUGGCUAUAUUUCAGCAAGCUGGAAUCAGCCUCCAUCAUUAGAGUUGAGAUAUAAAAGAAGGCGAGCAAUGGAGAUCCCAACCACUAUUCAGUGUGACUUGUGUUUGAAGUGGCGCACGCUUCCAUUCCAGUUGAGUGCUGUGGAUAAGGAAUAUCCUAAUACAUGGGUCUGCUCUAUGAAUCCUGAUGUGGAACAGGAUAAAUGUGAAGCCCCUGAGUUAAAACAAAAACUUCCUGUUGGAGUCCUUAAAAAAGAAGCUGUGACGCAAGAUGACAAGAAGAAGCAGCUAAGUGAAAAGAUCAAACAGCAGCAGGAGAAGCUGGAAGCUCUAGAGAAAUUGUCAACGGUGCGUUCAAGUGCAGACCUGAAAAAGCUCCCUUUGGAAGUUAGCACACGUCCAGCAGAGCCGCCUGUGCCAUCAAGUCGUUCACUACGACCAAAAUCACCACCUCUGCCAGCAGUAUUGAAAGUUCUACCACCUCCAACUCCAUCACCACGAAGUAGCAGUGCAGUAAAGAAAACUGAAUCAUCACGAGUGCUGAACAGUGAAAGGGCUAGCACAUCAAGAGCUCAGCCGGCAUCUAUUACUGCCGUCAAAACUUACAACACUACUAAGAACGUUAACAAAACAGUACCAACUGUGAAAGCUGCACAAUCCAUAUCAAAACCUAGUGUUCCACAAACUGCUCGUUCUUCAAAACCCACACUUUUGUCCAACUUGAAAUCUUUUAAGUCCCUGCCAGCAAAGAAACCUGCUCCAAGUAAAAGCUCUGUGAUAUCCAGUAUUAGAAAGAGAGCUUCUCAACAGAUAAUUGUAGAAGAUGAUGAUGAUGAUGAUGAUGAUGAAGAUGAAGAUAUUGUCCCAGCUCCUAAACACGAGAGGGUUAAACGGUCAAAGCUAGUGGAAAAGAAAGAGCCAAAUGAAGUAGAGGUGAAGCGAACAAACAGUCCAGAUGCGGACGAGCUUCUGUCUCCUAAAGCUGCACAAAAAGACAAAGGCUUGCAUGUGGAAGUGCGCGUAAACAAAGAGUGGUUUACAGGACGUGUGACUACUGUAGAAGCUGGAAAACAGGGUGUCCGCUGGAAGGUGAAGUUUGACUAUGUACCUACAGACACCACGCCACGUGAUCGAUGGGUGGAGAAAGGUAGUGAUGACGUACGACUUAUGAGGCCACCCUCACCAGAACAUCAGACACCUGAUACACAGCAAGCUGAACCAUCUACCUCUGACAACAGCAGGAUAGAACCAGACACAACUGAACCUAGUGCUAGCCUUGCACCAGUGGAACAACUCGCACAAGUUCUAAGGAACUGCUUAAGGUAUUUCUUGCCACCCAAUUUUCAUAUAACCAAGAAUGAACUGAGCACAAUGAGUUCUGAAGAGCUUAUAGCCUUUCCUUUGAAGGAAUACUUCAAGCAGUAUGAGGUGGGUCUACAGAACCUGUGCAAUUCAUAUCAGAACCGAGCUGACCUCCGUGCUAAAACCAGCGAAGAACUGCAGCGAAACACAGAAAAUAAGUUAAAAGAAUCUGAAGAGAAACUACAGAGAUUAAGAACAAACAUUGUGUCACUACUGCAGAAAGUUCAGGAGUGUACACAGAUAAAGGUGAAACAUACUAAGCACUAUGCCAGGGACUUGUUGAGCAACACCAGGGAAAUAAGUUCCUGGGACACCCUGAGGUAA